AUGAUGGAACAAGGAAAUUUUGAUGAGAAAUUUGGGAAUUCUAUUUUAUUAGAAGCUUUAAAAGAAGCACUUAAGCAAAUGAUAGAAGAAUUUUAUGUAGAAAAGGAAAUAGGAAUUAAAAUUUAUAAACAAGCAUGUUCAAAUAUAAAAAAAGAAAUACUAGAUAAUUCUAACCAAUUAUCAGACAUUAAUGUCAGUGGUCAUUUAAAAAGUUAUUAUUGUAGAAACGAUGUUUGGACUUUUUUUUUUAAAAAUACUCUUUUUAAAAUUAAUAAAAAUAAAAAAACAAAAAAUUAUUCAAAAGAUUAUAAAAGUUAUCAGCCAUUAAAUUUAAAAGUUUAUAAAAACUUUCAUAAUAAAAAAGAGGAAUUUUUAAAAUAUAGUAUAGACAAUAAUAAUGUUAAAAUUUUAAAAAAUUUUAGUAAGCUUUAUUCAAAUAUUAUUCAUAAUGAAAAUAAUGAAAAUGAUAUUGACGAUAUUUUUUUUUAUUAUGACGGGUUGAUAAAAGUAUUAUGUGUUGAAGAAGCAUUUAUGUAG